AUGGAAGCUGGAAGGAUAAUACGCUUUCAGGGUCAAAGUCAUCAAGGGUUUUGUGAUGUUGGAGGAGUGGUGGCGGAAGAUAGUAGAUAUUCGGAGAGGGAUAGGAGCAGGAUGGAGGCAAGGCCGCAUAAAGUUUUAUGUGGUCUUGAGUGGUUGUGUGGAGUUGAUGAAUUUGUUGAUUGUUUUAAAGAGGAAAACAAAACUAGAUUAGAUAAAUUAUUAAGACCAAAUAGUGAACUGUCAUGUGCAUUACAAAAACACUUUCUCCUAAAAUAUGAAGAACUUGGGCUUUUGUGCUCAAGACCUCACAAGUGUUCCUCGAUCAUCCCCACCGUCGUACAUCCAAAUCCAUUCUCAUCUUCAAAUAAUUACCCUGUUACUUUCGCAGGUCAAAAACCACGAUUCUUUUCCUUGAUUUCUCAAUCUACUGAAGUGUUGCUGCUAAUUUCCUACUCCGUCGAUUUUCCUAGUUUGAUUUCUCUCACAUUACUACGACCCUGUUUCAAUCUCAAUCUGAAACCCACUUGGAGUUCGUUGAACAUUUUUUUGGUUUCCACUUUCCACCCAUGGAGCGAGAUUCAGAAAACAAAAAGCGCGCCAAUUCGUUCACAUAAACGCCCUCACUCCAAAAUCCGAUAUCGCCGUCGCACCGCCACCGUCAUGGGAAAGCAAAAACAACAAGCUAUUUCCCGUUUCUUCGCUCCCAAACCAAAGCCAUCUUCUUACCCAACGUCAACUUCGCCUCCAUCGUCACCGCCGCCGUCGCAAUCACCUCUACCGAAUUCAUCAACACCUCCCCCUAAAAUCUCCGCCACCGUCACAUAUUCUCCUCUUAAACGCCUUCGUACCUCCCAGCUCAUAUCCCCGAUCAAAAAACCCUCCAAAACCCCCCGAUUAUCCCCCAAUCCCGACCUUGCGGAAUCUUCUCGAACUAAACAAUCUCCACCCAGUGAAAACCCUAAACCCUCUUUGUCGAAUCCCACUCUUCACGAAAAGUUUCUUAGUAAACUUCUAGAACCUUCUGAAGAAGAUACAGCUAAUGUUCUUACUGCAGAUGCUAAGGCUCCAUUAAACCCCAAAUACACCCCAUUGGAGCAGCAGGUAGUAGAGCUUAAAGCUAAGUACAAAGACGUUCUUUUAAUGAUUGAAGUUGGUUACAAGUUUCGUUUCUUCGGUGAAGACGCUGAGAAUGCCGCUAGGGUUUUGGGAAUCUACGCACACAUGGAUCACAAUUUCUUGACAGCUAGUAUACCCACUUACCGAUUAAACGUCCAUGUGAGGAGACUAGUAAGCGCAGGGUACAAAGUGGGCGUUGUUAAACAGACUGAAACCGCAACAAUCAAGGCUCACGGGUCAAAUAAAAUGGGUCCAUUUUGUCGUGGAUUAUCAGCAUUGUACACAAAGGCCACACUUGAAGCAUCUGAAGAUGUGGGUGGAGGAGGAGAAGAAGGGUGUGGAUCAUGUAAUAACUAUUUAGUUACUGUCGUUGAAAAUGUAAAUGUUGGUGACGACAAGGGGAAUAAUGAAACUGGAGUUGAUGUGAAAAUUGGGAUUGUUGCUGUUGAAAUUUCAACUGGAGAUGUUAUUUUUGGAGAAUUUGAUGAUAACUUGCUAAGAACUGGGCUUGAGGCUAAGAUAUUGAGCUUGUCUCCUGCUGAAUUGCUUCUUGUUGAUCCCCUAUCUAAGCUAACAGAGAAGUUUUUACUAGCAUACGCGGGACCCGCUUCAAAUGUCCGGGUGGAACGGGCCUCUAGAGACCGCUAUACAAAUGGUGGAGCACUUGCUGAAGUAUUGUCAUCUUUUGAUAAAAUAGGUGAUAGCCUUCUAAAUGAUACUCAAAAGGAAAAAACAAAAUGUCAUCAUGCAACUGAGGCGAUUAUGGGUAUGCCUGAUUUAACUGUUCAAGCAUUAGCAUUGACCAUUGACCAUCUGAAACAAUUUGGUUUUUGA